GACCCAUCUACUCCGCUACGGCAGCAAAAAACUACAAAGGGGACUUUUUUGAUCAAGCGCGAGGACGAACCGCUGCCAAAAGGACAGGGAAGCCACAAGAGGUGUCUUCUGCUGUCUGCUUCUUGCUCUCGGCGGGAGCGUCUUACGUGUCGGGCACAACACUCUUUGUGGACGCAGCUGGAAGACUGCUCCCUGGACUCCUGUUUGACGUUUCAGCGUGGAUAACAGCGAAUACAUGCGGAAUGGCGACUUCAUACCGACCCGGCUGCAGGCCCAGCAGGACGCGGUGAGUUUGGUGUGCCACUCCAAGACGCGAUCGAACCCCGAGAACAACGUCGGCCUGCUUACCUUGGCGAGCUCCGAGGUUCUGGCCACGCUGACGACGGACGUGGGGCGCCUGCUGUCCAAGCUGCAUCAGGUGCAGCCCAAGGGAGACACGAACCUGCUCACGGCCAUCCGGGUCGCUCACUUGGUGCUCAAGCAUCGCCAAGGCAAGAACCACAAGAUGCGCAUUGUGGUGUUCGUGGGCAGCCCGAUCGAGACGGACACAAAGGAGCUGACCAAGCUGGCCAAGAGACUGAAGAAGGAGAAGGUGAACGUGGACGUGGUGAACUUUGGGGAGGAGCAGAGCAACACGGAGAAGCUGGCGCACUUUGUGAACACGCUCAACGGCAAGGAGGGCAGCGGCUCGCACCUGGUGACUGUCCCCCCGGGGCCCCACCUGUCGGACGCCCUCAUGAGCUCGCCCGUCAUCCAGGGAGAGGACGGCACGGGCGCCAUCGGCCUCGGCGCUGCCGGCUUCGAGUUUGGCGUCGACCCCAACGAGGACCCCGAGCUGGCCCUGGCGCUGCGCGUGUCGAUGGAGGAGCAGCGCCAGCGGCAGGAGGACGAAGCCCGCCGCGUGGCCUCGGCCAAGGAGGUGACUGCACCCAAGGCAGAGGGCGGCUCGACGGAAGAAGAGCUGCUGGAGCGUGCCCUGGCCAUGUCCCUGGACCCCGAGCCCGUGGCCCCGGCCAGUGUGCUGCCGGACUUUGCCACCAUGUCGGAGGAGGAGCAGAUUGCCUACGCCAUGCAGAUGUCCCUGCAGCAGGCUCAAGGUGCGGGUGCGGCGGCGGGCGAGGCGGAGGAGCCCAUGGAGACGGAAGAGCAGCCCCCGAAGGAGGUAAGGGCACCGGGGAGAGCGGGCAGGGUGGGCAGGGUGCUUCCCUCCCGCACCGACGCCGCAGUGAGGGGGGCGCAGGAGGAGUGCGAGCCCAUCCGGGACCCGGCCUUCCUGCUGGGCGUGCUGGGUAGCCUGCCCGGGGUGGACCCGCACAGCGAGGCCGUGCGCAGGGCCCUGGGCUCUCUCACCCGCUCGGAGGACAGCAAGGACGAGGAAGGAAAGGACCGCAAGGAUGCCCCGAAAUAACGGACCCAAUAAACCCCGUCUGCCCACGCA